AUCACAGAGCGCCUCUGCUGGACAAACUGUUUGUAUCAUCAUCAUUUCUUCUCGUCAGUUUGUUGAAGGUGUCUGUUGGGUUCAGCGGGGACGCGCACAUGUUGCAAGAAAUACCAUAUGAGAUCGAUGAACUGGUCACCUGUCAGUUAUUCAUUUAAUAACCGGACACAAACCUUUAACUAAACACAAGGAGAGACUGAGAGGAAAGCGCUUUUUGCUGUAACCUUGCGCUGUGUGAUGUUCAGUCAUGAGCUGUGAGCGACAGAAACGCAGAAAGGAGAUUCAGAGAGCACUGAGCUUCAUCAAAAGUGCACUGCCUUAUCCUGACCCUGAAGCCUAUGAGGGGUUUUUGGUUCAGCUGGUGUGUGAUCUGUUAGACGAGGGCAAUGCUGCGUUUCGAGAGGGUGACUGGACGCAGGCUCGGUUUCAUUUCACUGAAGGGGUCAAUGUGGCACUUUACGCCCGGGUGGAGGGACUGAAUGUUCCUGUCGCCCUACUGGAGAGUCUCUAUAUUAACCGUGCGGCUGUCCAUCAGAACAUGGGUGAGUUUGAGAGCGGGGUGAAGGAUUGUAAUUUUGCUCUGGAGCUGUGUAAAGACAGUCCUAAAGCUCUUUAUCGUAAGGCCGUGUGUCUGAAGGCGUCUGGUAAACUGAAUGAAGCGUAUGACUGCAGCACUGCAUGUCUGCUUACAUCAGCACAGGAUAAAUCUGUGAGUAAUUUAGUUCAGGAGAUCAGAGUCAGUCUGGGAUUGAAGAACAGAAAAGCUUACAGUCCUCAUAUAUCUGCUGAUAGACUGAACAACACCACAGCGGCUUCAUCUGAAUGCUUGUCUCCUGUCUUACCCGCUCCGGUCCCAGUCAGUGACUCGCGUGAGGACCCCAGGCUGUCCAGAGCAGUGCCUGAGAGUCACCUGCGAGUAUCAGUGCCUGUGUCUGAACCGCUGGAGGAUAAUGAUGUGAUUGGAGAUGAGCUGGACAGUCUGCUUGACUGUGUGUCCAGAGAGGAAGACACAUCACGGAGCGGUCUGCUGUCUUUCUCCUCUUCAUCUCCUCGUCUUCCUCCUGCUUUCUUCUCCUCUGGCAGGAGUGAGCUGAACGCUCUUGACUCUUUCACUAAACCUGAGCUGGACUCCUGCGGUGCUCUGGACGCUUUAGACUUCAUCUCUCCACCGCCGGCUAGACCCACAGACUCUCUAGUGGUGGGAGGAGACGCACUCGAUACACUGUCUGAAUUCAGUCUGCCAGAUGGGAAAGUGUGUCGUAGUUUUCUACCAUCAGUCAAAUUGUCAAACCUGCAGGAUCCUCAUGCAAGGAAUGGUCAUCAUGUGUCAUCAACUCUCUCCUGUCUGGACAAGAACCCUUUAGAACAAACACAUGAUUUCACUCAAGCCUGCAGCACCUGCUUCACUUCUACAGGUUCAGGUGUGCUGGAUUUUGAGUUCAGGUGUGAUUUGGCUCACAGCUGUAAGAAAGAUAUUCUGCUAUGCAGAAGAAGGGGCGGGGCUAACCCUCCAUGGAGGCGGAUCCGGCCACGCCCAAACCACAAGAACUUCAUGGGUGCCUUUAUGCUCUGUAGAGAGGUGUUAGAGACUCAGGUGUGUAAAUACGGUGAGGAUUGCACGUUUGCUUAUUGCCAAGAAGAAAUUGACGUGUGGACGCAGGAGAGGCGGGGCUUACUCAUCAGAGAGCUGCUUUUUAGUCCACUAAUGACCAAUGACAGACCAGCGCUCGGUGUUGUCAAACUUCUGAAUAUACACACGGGCAUGUUCAUGUUUCUAUGUGAGGCCUGUUUUGACUGCAAACCCAGAAUGAUCAGCAAACGGCGUAAAGACAAUCCUGCUCUGUGUGCAAACACACAAACACUUCACCUGUUUGACAAAACAAAGUGUUUGGUUCACGUUGUGAAGAACGCCACUGUGUGUUACACUAAGAUUCGUGAGUUGACGUCUUGCUGUCUGUUUGCUAUGUGUCAUCAUGCGUUCAGUUUGGGCUGUAAGAGACAAAACAGCUGCAGCUUCUCACAUUCAGUCAUAGAGCUACAGACCUGGAUCCUACAGAGAGAAACUGGUAUCACUCCUGAAGAGAUUGUUCAUGAGUCAAUAAAACACUGGAACAAACAGAGAACAUGUGUGUGCUCACCUAACAAAAUCACUGCUGCCAAAUGUAAGAGUCCAGUGAGAGGCGAGGAGACUAAUGGGAAGGUGGGUCCUGUACAGGGAACAGGAAGUGCUGAGUCCACUGAGGUCAAAGGUCACGGGCUGGAGAUGAAGUUUGUGUGUGGUCAAUGCUGGAGAGAUGGACUGCUCAGUGAACCGGACCGAGCUCUGAAAUACUGCAGCGCUAAAGCUCGACACGGCUGGACUAAAGAGAGAAGGAUUUUACUGGUAAAGUCUCAGGAGAGGAAGAAAUGGGUUGCUGUGCGACCUUUGCCCUUUGCUAAGACCUUCCCUCAGCAAUAUGAUAUCUGUGUUCAUGUGAUGAAACAGCGUAAGUGUAAUUAUAUUGGGAACUGCACGUUUGCUCACAGUGAGGAGGAGAAGGAGCUGUGGACGUACAUGAAGAACAACAACUUUAAAGACAUUCAGCAGGUGUAUGAUGUCUGGCUCUCAUCAACCAAUCAGAAUCGAGCAUCUGAUGUAACCUCACCGUCUCAGCCAAUAGAAGAGAAGCAGAUCACUAUGCCGACAGACUUUGCAGAAGCUUUGCUGGAGAGUUUUUACUGCGCUCUGUGUGGUAAACACAGUAACAGUAAGCGUCAGUGGCUUCAGCACAUCACAUCAGAGAAACACAAACAGAGAGUAUUGAGUGGAGAGGGAGAGGAUGAGAGUCUGGUCUGGUCAUAUCGAUUCCCUGGACCAUCUUUCUCUCUCUGUCACAGGUUGGAGGAGGGUUGUCCUGAUGGGGUGAGUUGUGAUUUCGCUCACAGUGAGGAGGAGCUUCAGGAAUGGAGAAGACGACGAGAGUUUCUGCGCAGGACAUUGAAUAAAGCUCGAGAAGAUUUGAUGAUAUCACCCGACGACAAUGACUUUGGAAACUACAAUUUCCUCCUUCAUGACUAAUACACAAUUACACACAGAGACACACACACAUAAUGCGUUACCUAUAGCAGUUUUCUGGGUAAGAGUGAUAACUACAAUUUCCUCUUUCAUGACGAAACACACAGAGAGAGUUCAGAUACAUGUAUGUUUCACUUGAGUUCAGUUCAGUUCAUCGUCAUCAGAUCUAUAAAUGUAAACUCAGAACAUUAACACACACGCACACACACACACACAUCGGUGAAAGCAGUAUUUUUGUGUUUGUCCUGUUGAUGGUUUUAUUAUAAUUCACUGUUUGUAAAAUCCAUUGCACCACUUGACAUUGCUUACAGUAUGAUGUAAUAAAGAUUAUUUUUAUGAAA